CAAGAUGAUGUUAAUGAUAGGUAAACCUAUAUGGGAGGCUUCUGUUCAUGACGUAACCUGAAUGAAGUUGUUAGGCUAUUAAUUUUUAUAUGAGGAUGUGACAAAUGUUAUUGAAUUGGACCAGAGGCAAAAGUAUGAGACCGGUAUUUUUCUCUACCUGAGAACAUUGCGAAUAUUGUGUAGAAGAAACACUACUGUUUUGACUGAAGAAGAUGAGUUUUUUUGGAUUUGGACAAAGUGCUGAUGUCGAAAUAGUGUUGGAUGGGCUUGAAAACAGACCACUGGCUGAAAUAAAAGCUGAAGAUGGUAAGAAAGAAAGACAUCCACUCUAUUAUGAUGGUGAAAGUGUCACAGGAAAGGUUAAUAUUAGGUUGAAGAAACCUGGUAGCAAACUUGAACACCAGGGAAUCAAAAUUGAGUUUAUUGGACAGAUCGAAUUAUACUAUGAUAGGGGAAAUCAUCAUGAUUUCACAUCCUUGGUUAAAGAACUUGCAAGGCCUGGUGAAUUAUUACAGAACACUACAUUCAAUUUUGAAUUUCUUAAUGUUGAAAAACCAUUUGAAUCAUUCACCGGUGUCAAUGUUCGUUUAAGAUAUUUACUGCGAGUAACUAUAGUUAAAAGGCUAUCAGAUAUUAUUAAAGAAAAAGAUAUUGUAGUUCAUACUUUAUCAUCUUAUCCUGAACUGAACAAUAGUAUAAAAAUGGAAGUUGGUAUUGAAGAUUGCCUUCAUAUAGAAUUUGAAUACAACAAAAGCAAAUACCAUUUAAAAGAUGUUAUUGUUGGAAAAAUUUACUUUCUUCUUGUCCGUAUCAAGUUAAAACAUAUGGAGAUAGCCAUUAUCAAACGUGAAACCACAGGUUCUGGUCCCAAUACUUUUGUUGAAAAUGAUACUAUUGUGAAGUAUGAAAUAAUGGAUGGUGCUCCAGUUAGAGGAGAAAGUAUUCCAAUUCGGGUGUUUCUAUCUUGCUAUGAACUGACCCCUACCAUGAAAGAUAUCAACAAAAAAUUUUCAGUUAAAUAUUUCCUUAAUCUUGUUUUAAUGGAUGAAGAAGAUAGAAGAUAUUUUAAACAACAGGAGAUAACACUAUGGAGAAAAGGUGACAAAGCUCUCAAAGGCCAUAGCUCGCCACACGUGCCUAAUCAUCUGGUCUCUGGUGAAGGUGGUCCACGCGGUACAGAGCCACCAAGACCGGCUCCUGAUAACCAAUCUGCUUUUGAAGACUUCCAAAGGGACAAUGAUGAUGAAGUGGAAGAUAAUCAGAAAAAUAUAAAUGAAGCACCAUCUCAGAAUAUGAACAAAGAAGAUCCUCCAUUGAAAGAAACUGUCAAUGAGUCACAACAAAAUGAAGACACUCUAAAUGAUGGUGCCUAAAGAUAUAAAAUGCUCAUUAUUUUUCUUUGGAACUUUAAUUCAUUCCCACAUUUUUGUGGUUGUUCUUUGAAUUGAAAACAGUAAAUCAAACAAGACUGGGGUAAUCUCGUUUAUCUAAAAUAUUUUUGAUCAUUUAUCUAGCUUAUUUAAGUUUAUUUAUUUAAAGUUUUACUUCUUCAAUUUACUACAGCCUAAUGAUUAUUGCAUUUAUUGAUGCCAAAUGGUAUUGUUUUAUAUUUAAGUGAAUGUAUUUCAUGCAACUUUGGUUCUAGGAUGACGAGAUUAGUUCUGUUCAUAAUUUAAGACAUUUUAAUGGUAUAAUAAUACUAAUAAUAUUUCCAUUUAACAGCUCUCGUAUUCAUUUAAGAGAUUCACCUUAAAAUAUAAGAGAGUGUCCCUUGUAAUUUUAAUUUAUUGGCAUUAAAAUUUAAUUAUUAAUUGAAAGAUGAAAUCGAAAUUAUUAAUUGUUUGAUUGAAUCAAACAAUUAUAGUUGUUGAAACAAAAAUGUUGACAUUGAACAAAGUUCUAUAUUUUAUUUCUUCAAAAAUAUUUAUAAGAUGUUUGAUUGUGAUCUAAUAAAAUAAACUAAUAAUUAGUUUGGAAAAUGAAGUAAUUGUAAAAUUAUUAUUUUAUUCAUGGCCUUAAUUUGUUAUUAAAUGCAAUGUAUCUUAAUAUUUGUUAGUUCUGUUUUUGGUAUGUUGGUUUUAACGUAUAUUUUGAAAGAUCUAAGUAAAGGAAAUAAUAAGUAAUUUUUGUAUUUUCCUGGUUGAAUUAUGUAUUCAUUCUUAAAUUGAUAUAUUUUUUUUUUUUGUUAUUAUUAUUUAAUUUUAUUCGCAAUUAAAGAAAAAUGGUUUUGAAUUGUAUCUUUUCCUGUUUAUAUAUGUUGAGGUUAUUUUUAAUUGAAAUUAAUUAGUUGAUGCGAGGUUCAGCUAUUUAAUCCAAUAUGUUAUUUAGGCCUGUAGAGUUUCAGAGAACAGGGAGUAUAAAGUAUUUAUGUAUAUAUUUAUAUUAUAAUGUAUAUAAAUAAAAAUUGUUUAUUUCUUAUUUUGAAUUUGUUUAUGUAUGGCAAGACCCAUAGAAUCUAUAGGAAAUCUUUAAAAACAAAAGGAUAGAAUAUUAAGGCUGAAUUAAAGAGAGAAUGAAUAGCUCAGUUAAACAUUUCAACUUGAUGUGGGGAUACUUAUAACUUACUUCUACGUAAUACAUUAAUUAAUCUUUAAGUGACUGUGCAUACGUCCAGCCUUACAGUUAUUAGAUUCCUUUUUAUAUAAUGUUUGUAUUUAUAAAUACCAAAUAAUAAAUUAAAUUACAAUACCCUGGGCUCUUAAAUAAUUUAUUAUAAGUUAUAUAUAUUUUUGAGAAUUUAGAAGUUCUAAAAAUGCUUUAUUAUUCUGGAGAAAAAUACCAAUUUGAUUUUUGGCCAACCAAUAACAGUACUUUUAACCAAUAAUUGUAACCUUUCAAAUCGUGGUCUCACCCACUCCUUUAUGAGGACAAAUCACAAAUUAUAAGUGUCCCCGAUGAUUACUUCAUGUUAUUUAACAGAGUUCUGAUUAUUCAUUCUAAUAUCAUUUUUCUUCUUAUAUUUAUUUUUACUUAUACAAAUGAAUCUCCGUGAGUAGAUUUUAAUUAUAUUUCAUUUUUAAUCUUAGAAUAAUUAGAACUCUGAAUUAAUAAAGAAUGUAUAUAUACAUCUACAUAUUACAUUAUAUGUAAUGUACAUUUAUAUUUGGAAUAUAAAUGAUUUAUUAUUGUUCAUAUCUAGAAUAUAUAUUUAUAAAUUGUUGAAAGAAAAAUUAUAGGUGAUUUAAAUAAUUAUGGUUUGUAGUCAUUCCACAUUAUUAGUUGCUAUCAACUUCAUUAGAUAUUCAUUUUCUACUGUUUACUUGUUUCUAAUAGUUUUGAUAUUUUAUUAUGUAUGUUUUACAACAUAUUUUGCUUUUCACCCUAUUAUAUUUUUGAUUUACUUUCAAAGAAAUGUUUGUUUCUCAAUUACUGAUUUUGCUUAAUGAAAUAAUGUUGACUUUUAUCAAAUUUACUGGUGCAGAUAAAACAGUAAUAAAGGAAAUGAUGUGAGUCUUUCAUCAAUAUUUUUUUCUAUUUAUUUUCCUUUAAUUUCAACUUAACAUACCCUAUACCAAUAAAAAAAAUUACUUGGGAGUGCUAGUUGUAUCCUUGGAACACCUCAUUGGUGAUUUUUAUAAAUUAAUACUGUUAAUUAUGACUUAAUUGUUUUAAACUCAUUUAAUAAUCAUAAAUAAGAAAUUAUAAUGUAAGGAAGUAAUAAGUGGCAAAUAAAAGAAAAAUAUAAUCUGUUUUGCAAAAAAUACCUCUUUAUAAAUUUUGUUCUUAAAGAUAAAGCCAAAUGUAAUUUCAAUUUUCAGGCCAAGCUUUCAUUAUUCUUGGUGAGUCUCAGAAAAACAUAUAAUUUUGCCUUGGAACAGUACAGUGUUGCUUGCAUCACACAACUUUCACUUACCACCCUUUUUUAGUAUAAAUAGUUAUUUUCAGGCAAAGGAAAGUGAAAGUAAAAAUUACAGACAGUAAAAAAUGUUCUUUAAAAUGAUUAAUUAUCAUGUUUUGUUGCAGCUAUUUAAUGCAUUAUAUUUAUGAUUUUUGUCACUAACCAUUUCCUGUACAUUUUAAUUAUUUAUUUAACUAUAAUAAAUAAUUAAGCGCCAUGAAAUAUUUUUAGUCAACAAGAACGCCACUGAUAAAGAAGACCACUAAGUUUAUUUAUGUUUCAUUGUACAUAUUUUUAUUUUGUUUAAGCAUAGGUGUAUAAACAAAUUUUAAUUUUUAUAUCGCUGUAAUCAACACAAUUAAAUAUUAGAUAAUACUAAUGCUAGCUAGCAUUUAUUCAAACCGCACCUGUAUAUACGUAUAAUAUUAUUGGAGCCUGUAUUAUAUUAAGUAUGCGUUACACCUGGAAGCCUAUUAUAAAUUUUCGGCCAAGCUCAGUUGUGCACGUGCUCGGGUUUCUUUGGUUCUUAAAUAUGAUUUCUUAUCUUUCCUUUAGUUAAUAAUUAAUUUUUUUUAUAUUUAACCAUUUUCUUUGGCAGCUUAAAAUGUGAAAUGGUUAAUUAAUUUUUAAAAAAUAAAUAAAUAAAGGUACUUAAGAGGAAGAAAUUUUGAAAUUUAGGCAUUUAAGCCCUAUUAGAAAACAAAAAUAAAGCCUACAUUAUGUUAAAACAGAUUAAUCUUUCACUGAUAUAAUGAAUUUAAUAAAAAACGUUUUUAAUCCAUUUUUGUGAAAAUUGCAAAAAUGUGAAUAAUCAAUAUUAUAAUGUGGUACUUCCAGUGGAUUUUGACAAAAAAUUUUUAACAUCCCAGGCAUAUACAAACCUUUAAUAGGCUAUUUCAGUUUCGUACAACUUUUUGUUUUUGAGCUAUACUGUUCACAUACAUACACACACUCAGACCAUUUUGCGAGACUUGAUUAUUUGGACUCAGGAAACCUGAAAAUGUGUAUUUCCAUUGAGCACUCAGAUUCAUAAUCCCAAUACUUUUCCUUACUAUAUAUUUCAUACAUAGGUGAGUGAAAAUAAAAAUGGUGGAAAUAUAGGAAUUUGAAACUACAAGCAGCCUCAAAAUUUUAAUUAGUUUCGAUCUUUAGUUGAAUUAAUUAUUAGUACUGGAUUCAUAACAAUUGCCCUGUUGUUUAAGGAAGCAUUAUUGAAUUUAAUGGUCCAUGAUCAAAGACAGCUAGUUAUAUUGUGAUAUAAUACAUAUGACAAUUUUAUUGUGAUACAAAACAAUUAUUUUUAAGACAGUGUAUACAGAAGAUUACUAACAGUAAAAUGACAUAAAAUAAAUAUUUAGUAUAAAUGAUGACAAGGUUCAGAUUACUGCCAAUUUAAAAUGAAAUUAUAUGUAUAACAGUAAUUUUAUUUUUUUAAAAAUAAUUUAAAAGAUUUUUUCAUUUAUAAUUUUAAAAACACAUUUAAAAACUUAUUUAUAUAAUCUAUAUUCAACCAGAAAAAAUAAGGUAAAUAAAAUAACUAAUUAUUCCAUUAAUAAUAAAUUCCUUCACUAGUCAAUUUUAAUUACAGAUUGGGUUCCUCUUUGUAACCAGUAGAUGUUCCAUGUCUUCCUUUAACUGCUAAGGACACUGGAGUUUCUCCUAUUUCCUGUUUUAAACCAAACCAUGUUUUUUCCUGUUUGCCUCUAUAAGUAAAAAUGUAUACUGAAUAUUAUAAUUCAUUCAUAACAUGAAUCCUAAAAUUGUAAGAUAUAUCGACUUCAUAUAAUUAAAUCAAUAAAGGAAGUCUCCAUAAGAAAAGAGAUAGAAAAUUUAAAAAAACAAUUAAAGCCUUUUGUUUCCAUACGGCUAAUAUAACAAACAUCCUGUAAUACAUUCUACAAAAUGAUACGUUAAAAUAUCAUACAAUAAUGAAGAUAACUCAAAUACCUCAAUGAUUGGAGAAUGGUCCUUUUAAUGUUCAGUGAUUCAAUCAUUAUUAUUUAUUGAAUAUAAGUUGUGUCUAAAAAUGGAUUAUUGAUAGACUAGCAGAACGGGGCAUAAAUAUUGUUGGAGUAAAAGUGAAACAUUCAGUCACAUUUUUGUAGUUUUUAGUAAUUUUUUUUUUGUAUUAAGUGUUGUAAUCUUUAAACUGGUGAAAUGCACCAAGUCAUAUUGUUAAAAAUAAGUUAUUUUUACAAUGGGAAACUCAUUAACUACAAUUAUUAUUGUCAAUACUUCAAAUAUCUCAAAAAUUCAAUCAUCAAUUUAUUGUGCGCUUCACUUAUAAGCUGACAAUAAAUAAAUUUAAAUAUAUUUGGAUUUUAUUUUUCUAAAAAUAAAUACUUUAGAUUCUUACAGUGUCUUAGAGAGUCAUUCUCUACUUCAAAGGGACAGGAAAAAUAAUGAAUAAUAAAAUGGGAAUUAUUAGUGUACCCUCUCUAUAUUUAUUGCUUCCUCGCUACAUAAGUUAGGAAAGCUUUGUAUUAAUGCAGGAGGUUAACAACUUUUUUCCCUUGUAUUUUAGAUAUCAAAAAACAAAUUUAGUUCUGGAUCUUUCAAUAGAUAAAUCUAUGUUACAGGAUAUUAUGGGAUUUUAAUGUAUGGGGGUCCAUUUUUUUAUUGGACUCAUACAUUUCAAAAACUGUUAUUCUAGUUUGACUCUUUGAAGUUAGAUAAAACUUGUGGAUUGGUGAAAAAAUGGUGCUGUUCCAACUUUGUUGAAUUCCAUUCAGUAUUUUUGUCUGAGUAAUUACAAACAUAUUUUCCUUGAUAAGCCAAUAUUUCAGAAAUGGCUCCCUCGAUUUGGCCCAAAGUUGGAGGAAAGUUAGGGAUUAGUGGAAAGAGGUCAUGUAAAUAUUAAUUUUAACAAAUUAAAUUCAUUACUUUUCUUGAAUUACACAAAUGUAUUUUCUUUGAUAUUUCAUAUUUUUAAAACUGCUUAAUCAAUUAUCUCAAGCUUAAUCAAUUUGGCUCAAAGUUCCAAGUAAUUAGGAUGGAGCGUAAAAAAUGGACAAGUAUCAAUUUUAUUAAAUUCCAUCUAGAAAUUUAAAUGAAUGUUAUUGUGAAGAAUAUAAUGCUUGUGGUAUAUGAACAAAUGAAAUGGGAGGUUAAAAAGUUUUAAAUGUAAUCUGUUAGAGAUUUUAUAUUGAAUUAUUCUCUACAGGUUCCAAAUAAAAUUAUAACCUUAACAAAGAGGGUCCAUAUUAUUAUUCAAAUUAUUUUUUCUAUUACAUGCAGACAAAUCAAGAAUACAAAUGUGCCCCUAAUAGUUCAACUACAGUGAAGCUAAAGAUAUUGAAAGAUGGAAAUAAAUUUUCUGAAACAAGUUGAAAUAAACAAUUAACAUAGUAAACCUCUUUUGCCUUAUUUACUUAAUAGAAAUGAUGAGAAACUUUUACUGAGUCUUCCUGGCUAAUGUUUUUUUAUUUUAUAUUAUUAUCUUUAGUUGUGCAUGACUGAGUUUUUAACAAUGCUUUUAAUUACAAUAACGAAAAGUAACUAUUAGAAUAUAUCACAUUAUAAAUCCCCAUAAUUGUAUUAUAGUGAUUGUAAAAAGGAUAUAAAAUACAUUAACAUAGCAAACACAAUAUAAAGUAAUAAGAACAGUAAUUGAUUUGACUUAAAAAAUCGCCGAGAAAUAUCUUUUCAAUAGACAAGAUAUAAAAUCCUUUUCAAACCCCUCUUGCCGUAUAAAUAGGAAAAUAACAAACUGCUUUAGAAGAGAAACAUCUACAUAAGACCAAAUCUUUGUCCUGAUGACUUUAACUGAGAUAAUCAUUAAAUACGACAGGAAUACAUACCAUCUUUAUAUGGUGGAUAUAGUUCACCAUUCUAAGAUCUACAAAGUGCUGGAAGAUUUUGGCAUACCAAGAAAGCAGAUCCAAUUAUCAAGAUAAUCAAGAAAUAUCAUCAGUAUGUGGCUUAAAUGAAUAUAACGAAAGUGUUUAAAUGAGUUUCAGAUUGAUUAGAGUAUGGGAUAGGGUGGUGUGUUGACAUGGCUGCUGUUUAAUUCAAGAUACAACUCAUUAGUUAUCCAGCUCAUCUGCUGACUUAAUAAAUGUAAUUAGUGCUGAUUUAAAAAUAAAUGUGAAAAAAAUUUAAGAUUGUAUAAGACCUUUAUUGACCUAUACCUAACAAAGGCUGAUGAAACGAUCUGUUGGUAUUUCAAAGGAAAUUCUUGCAGUGGAUUUACGAUCACAUAAAGCAUGAUGUAUGAAUGUGACGUAAGAAUUAGAAGCUAUAUAAUUUAGUUAAAUAAGGUUUUGGAUAUUUUGAGCUGAAUGCAACAUGACCAAUGAUGACUGACUUUACUCAAAACUUAUAUCCUCUAAAGAACUUUUCUCUACCGUGUUGUAAACAUUCUAUUUGAAUUUUGUAGUAAUUACUCAUGCCUUACUUAGAUGGCCAAGCUACGUCUUUAGAAAACAUUACUUUUGUAUUCUGAGGAAGCUUUAUUUUUGUAAUUAAUCCUAAAUGAUCUCUAGUAACAUUGUGCUUUCCAUAUUUAAAUACUAGCAAGUCUUAUUUAGAUGUUUUAAAAAUAUUUAGUAAUACAUCCUGAUGAAUGCCUAGUUUUCCUAUAAAGUUAAAGACAAACCCAUAAAGCAUAGGAAAUUGACUUUAUUUUUAGGAAAAAAAAAUUACAGCUUAAUUAGUCACAAUAAAAAUGCUCUGGUUCAAAGAAAUCAUAAAUGAUUAAUAUUCUAUUCUAGCAUUUCACAUAACAAAAUAAAUCUAAAAUUCAGUGCAUAAAAUUAAAUCUGUAGUAGUUAUCCAUCAAUCAAAUCAUUUUAUCUCUCUUGUUCUAACACUUUUCAUUUAUGAAUACUCUUCUAAACACUCUUUAAAUGAUAUUUGAGAGAAAGAUUUUGUUUAUACUUGGACCGAGAUCUAAUUAAAAAAAAAAAUAAUAUUUUCAAAACUAUAAUUAAAUUCUCACCCAAUUUUCUGUGAUGAUGAAGCUAAUGCUUUUUCCUGAUUAACUGCCAAUUCAGUGGAAACCCCUCCACUGACAUCACUUAAUUUAUUCAUUUUACCAGUAAUCAACGAAACACUUGAUGUGUUUUCAAUUUCACUUAAUGGAAUGUAAUUUUGUCCUCC